GUCAAAGUCAUGACCAUUAAUGCCUUUUUGAAACACAAAUCAACCCCUCCAUAGCAGAUAGCACUAGCAGCCACCACCACACCAGUCGGAAUCGGAAGAAAUGGCGAUGGAGGGGUUUCGAGUACUGGACGACAACUCGUUAAGAGAAUAUAUAAAAGCCACGCCAUCUUUGGCUUCCAAGCUCCGGAAUCAAGUUGAUAACCUGGAAAUCAAAGAAGUUGGGGACGGCAAUCUCAAUUUCGUCUACAUCGUUAUCUCUCCAUCUGCUUCGCUUGUUAUCAAACAGGCGGUACCAUACGUUCGUUUGAUUGGUGAAUCAUGGCCAAUGAGUAAGGAAAGAUCUUAUUUUGAAGCCACUGCACUUCAACGUCAGCAUGGUUUGUCUCCUAAACAUGUCCCAGAAGUUUAUCACUUCGACAGAACCAUGUCAUUGAUUGGUAUGCAAUACAUCGAGCCUCCACAUAUAAUCGUGAGGAGAGGAUUGAUUGCUGGAAUCGAGUAUCCGUUGUUAGCUGAACACAUGGCGGAAUUUAUGGCCAACACUCUCUUUUACACCUCUCUUCUCUAUCUGACAACUACACAACACAAAAGUGCAGUGGCUGAAUUUUGUGCAAAUGUGGAGUUAUGCAGGCUGACUGAGCAAGUGGUGUUUUCAGACCCUUAUAAGAUUUCUGAAUUCAACCGUUGGACAUCGCCUUAUCUUGAUAGUGAUGCUGAGGCUGUUAGGAAUGACAACGUAUUAAAGCUUGAAGUUGCUGAGCUGAAGUCCAUGUUCUGUGAGAAAAAACAAGCACUAAUACAUGGUGAUCUCCAUACUAGUUCUAUUAUGGUUACUCAUGAUUCAACUCAGGUCAUUGAUCCAGAAUUUGCUUUCUAUGGACCAAUGGGUUUUGAUAUCGGUGCUUUUAUUGGAAACCUGUUUUUGGCAUAUUUCUCACAAGAUGGACAUGCAGAUAAGGGAAAUGAUCGAAAAACAUAUCAAGCAUGGAUAUUGGGUACGAUAGCGGACACUUGGAAUCUCUUUCACAAAAAGUUCACAGCUCUUUGGGAUAUACACAAGGAUGGGCCAGGUGAGGCAUUCCUUGAUGACAUUUACAACGAUGUGGAGCUUUGGGAGCUUGUCAAACAGAAAUACAUGAUCGAUUUACUCCAUGAUUCCCUUGGAUUUGCUGCUGCCAAAAUGAUAAGGCGAAUUGUUGGUGUAGCUCAUGUAGAGGAUUUCGAGUCGAUCAGUGAUCCUGCAAAACGCGCAGAUAGUGAGCGACGAGCUCUUGACUUUGCCAAGAUGCUUAUGAAGAAAAGAAGAAAUUUCAACACCAUUGCUGAUGUUAUUUUGGCUGCUCAGUAACUCCAUAUAUAUGUAUAUAUGCAAUGUAGAUGCGAAUAAUAGGUUGCAUGAAUCAAACAUCAAAGGUUAGGAGAAUGGGAAACUGCAACUAUUUUCUUUGCUUCUGUACUUCCACCACCACCACCACCACCAUCUUCAUCAUCACCACCACCACUACCACCACCACCAUCACCACCACCACCACCACCUAAUGUUAUUGUAAUCAAUCCUAUGCCUUCAUGGCUGGUAAUUAAUAUAUAGUGUAAUACUUCUGAGAAUCUUUUAUGAAAUCAGUUUG